AACACAACACACCCUCACCUCACCAAACUCUAGCUGUCAACCCCCUGCGUCAGAAAAGAAAAAGAAAAAGAAAAAGAAAAAAAGAAAAAAAGAAAGAAAAGGAAAGAGAUAAGGGGGGAACCGAGGAAGAAAGGGGAAAGAGGAAGACGACGCCGGUGGGCAUCGCCACCACCGUCACUGCCGUUCGUGCCUCCCGUCACUGCCAGCUUCGUCGCCGAGCUUCCAUGGCUGCCAUCGCCGUUCCAUCAACACCACCAAUGGAGGUUCGCCAGGAGAGAGAAGACGUGCAAGGAGAGAGAAGACGCGCGAGGAGAGAGGGAGAACCAUGGCCAGCCACAUUGCCGUCACUGCCGGAGCUUCCUUCGCCGCUGCCAUUCGGUCUGCCAUGGAGGAGAACACAGUGGGAAAGAAAUCGUUCCUCUGUCACUGCCACUGGCAAAGUUUCUGGGUAUCGAGUAUGGCUCUGUUGUCGCUGGAACCUCCCCAAAGCUACUACUGUUCGGUUCAGCUAUUCCUCUUCAGUUACAGGUCGAGUUUUAGUUCUUGCAUGCUGAUUUUAAUGGUUGUUGCAUGCAACACCAAGCUGCUGCGUUGUCGCUGGAGCUACCGCUACUCCAUUCUUUCACUUAUUCGUAAUUACAAAAAUAGUCAGAUUUGAUGCCGCUGAUUUCAGGCCAAGAGAAAAGAAGUUCUUAGAUGUGUUUGGUUUUAUGGGUUUCGACUAUUUAAGGUAGGGACUUUUUUUUUUAAAAUAUAUUUUAUAUUAUGGAAUUGUUGUAGAUUGAUAUUGAUGUGUGUAAUACAUUUUUGGUGAUUAUGUGAGUAUUAUGGAUUGACCGAGUUAUUUUGGAUGAAUAUGAUUGUUUACUUGAUUGAAUUCUUGAUUAAUUGAGUUGGCGUUGUGAUAGUUAACGAAAGUUUGAUAAUCUGAUUUAUAUAUUUAUAUUGAGAAAUGGUUUUGUGAUGGAAAUUUGAUUUAUAUAUUUAUAUUGAGAAAUGGUUUUAUGAUGGAAAUUUAAUUUAUAUAUUAUAUUGAGAAAUGGUUUUCUGUUGGAAAUCUGAUAUAUAUAUAUAUAUAUAUGGAGAAAUGAUUUUGUAUUAGAAAUCUGAUCUAUACGUUUAUAUUGAGAAAUUGUUUGGUUUUGAAACUGUUCAAAAGGAUUGAGAAAAGUGGUUUGGAUGGAACCCUUGAAGGGUAAUAAAGUCCGAGUUUUAGGGGAAGUGCUGAUGAAAUUUUUAUUAGUUUGGACUUAAUUAAGUGAUUGAUUUAAGAAUAAAUUAUUUUUGAGUCUUUUGAAAGAGGCUUAAAUUUAAAAUGGUUUUGAAGUUAGUUUGAUGAUUUUGGUUGAAUGAAAAGGAGUUUUAUAAAAAAGAAAAUGGUUUUAAGUGAAGUUGCUUUAGAGGUUUCGGAAGAUGUUAUGGAAGGUGGCAUUGGUUUUGAAGAAAAAUGUUCUUUUUAGAAAAAAAGUGUUUUGAAUGGUAUGAUGUAUGAAAAAUGGGAUUUUGGAAAGGAUGAAAUGAAUAUUUAACUUGUUUUUAAAAGAAUGAAUUUGGAAAAAGGUUCAUUUUGAAUAUGCUGAGCUUUUGGGUAAAAAGUGAUUUUUGACUAAAUUUGAUAGAUCAUAACUUGGUCCUCAAAUCUCAAAAAUUUGUGAAACUUGAUUUAAAUUAAAACUGAGUAUAACGAGUUUAUGAUGUUCGAAGAAUGGACGAAAAAUGAAUUUUUGAAACAAAGUUAUGAAGGUUUGAAAACUGGGCUUUAAAACUGAAACCUAGAAAUUUUGUAGCAGACAUCCUAUUUUCUUGAAAAAACUCUGUUUUUAACCGUUUAGCUUUCUCGACAAGCUUGUGAUCCCUGUAAAACCAUAUGAUGUUUGAUAAUUGAUUUUUAAACUCUGAAAUGAGUGUAGAAAAAUUCGAUGAAUUGAGUUUCUAAAUGGUUUGCAAACCGGACCGUGAAUUUUAGAUUAAAUGAGAUAUGGAAGUGAUUCUUGGCGAGAUGUGAACUGAAUACGUUUUAUUUUUGAAAGUGAAUGGGCCAAGUAUGAUUUUGAAUCGUGAUGAAUAUGAGUUUAAAGACUUAUGGUUCGAUUUUGAUUGUGAAUUUAAGUUUGAUUGAUUGUGGCCUAAAUGUCUGGAUUGGUAAGGUCUGGGUAUUAUCCCAUUUGUGUGUUGAAUUGAUAAUCAUUUUAACGCACUCUGUGGAUGCGGUGUGAUGUGAUCCACUCCGUGGAUGCGAUGUGAUGUGAUCCACUCCAUGGAUGUAGUGUGGUACGAGGACGUCGAUGCAUAUCACCCACAUUCUCUCGGAUGAAAGGUGAGAUGGCACUCUUUAUUGAAAUGAGACGGUAUUCUCUGUUUUCUUGGCAUGAUUUGUACCUCCAGAAGAAGUUGAGAUGACACUCUCUGUUGAGAUACUGGUAUCAUGACUUAUUGAUUUUUCCUCCUGGGGAUGUGCAUCGAGAGACUGAUCCAUGAGACGCCAAGUAGAUUUUGUGUCGGGUUUGGCAUAAUAACCGACAUGUGAGCUCAUGGUCAAUAGGACAAGCAUGCAUAAUAUGUAUCUAUGUGACAUUGUUUGGGUGUGCAUAUUGUAUUUGGUUUGCCUAUAUGAAUACUUCUGUUUAUCUGCUAAUUGCCAAACUUGGCGUAAUUGCUCUUA